AUGUGCUAUUUUUAUUAUGGAAAUGAUCCGCUCACUGCUUUCAAGCAUUCCACCUUGAUCAGAUUUGAUGAGCGCACAAAUUCCGAGUUCCGAAAGAUGCGUCAAAUCGAACAUGACAAUUUGAAUCGUUUUAUUGGUGUAUCCAUCGAUACUGCUCUAGUGUAUUCACUGUGGAAAUUUUGUUCCAGAGGAACGCUGCAGGAAGUUAUCACAAAGGGAUCUCUUCCUAUGGAUUUUGUGUUUAUACGGUCGAUGAUGAUGGAUAUCGCUGCGGGAUUGCACUUCAUUCAUACUUCUCCCAUGGUUAAGCAUGGGCGACUUACUUCUCAGAAUUGCACUGUCGAUGAUCGUUGGCAGGUGAAAAUAUCUUAUUAUGGGAUGGCGUGCAUAAAAGAAUACGAGCGUCGAACACAAGAAGAGCAGUUAUGGACAGCACCGGAGAUUUUACGUGGGGAAGCAGAUGAGAUGGGAACGCAGGAAGGGGACGUGUACAGGUAUAGUAGAUUCAACUAG